GGGCGGGCUGCCUGAUCUCCUCCUGGGACGCUUAUAUGUUCCAAGCAGGCACAUAAACUUUGUCACUAAGCCCAGGUAGGCUGGAGGCAGCGGGACCGCGAAGAGCCAGAGUACUUAAAAAAGCCUGAAAACAAGACAAACAGGAGAAAAGCGCCGAGACACUUAAUAAACGUGGCUGCCGAGUAAGAGCGUUAGAGAGAGGGAGAGAUUGGGAGAUAAGAUCCAGAUCACGGAGGAGGAGAGAAGACAGGAGGACGGCGAGGGAAGGGUGGGAUGCAGAUGGUUGAAGCCUUCAGGACGGAGAGCUGAAGGAAAGAAAGCCGGAGCGAUAGACAUAACUGAAGGACGAGGCUGGAACUUCAACAAAAGAGAAAGAAAGCGAGAAAGUAGCGAAGCGUUUGAGGGGAAAAUUAGCCUAGCCAUGCGCGAGCUCCCGGGCUGAAGCGCUGGACGGAGAGGGACGAUGGUGUGCGCGAAGUUGGGGUGGCUGAGAGGUGAGAUGGCGGGGAGGCAGGACGAACAAGACUCGGGACAGAAAAUCACGGAUGAAAGCCACUAAUGAUCAAAGCCACCGCACAUCUACAGCAUGAGGACGACCUGUGGACUUCGCAGCCGUUCACACGAGGAGAUAUUCACCUGAACCUCAACUGCUAUGUCGCCGUAGGUUGAUGAGAUCCGUUCACACUGAGAAAAACUUUUCAAGUGAUUUCACAUUCAGUUUCCAUCGCCGGCCACUUCGUCCAGAAAGGAGAAAGUGAGCGCGGAGAGCGGAUGGUCAACAUCCCGAAUGAUGAGAGGAGCCCAACAUCCAUGCUGAUCUUGUCCGCACGCUGUCCAGCUGUGGCAACGCUUGCCUUUCCAUGCCCGCGGUCGUACCCAGUGCCAUGCUCUUACAGGCGUCCCUCUUCCUCCACUGUGUCCUCUUGACUCUUGGCCAGUACGACAUAUGUAAGUCGCUGGUCAGCACAGACGAUGGACCCACAUGGGAGUUUUACGCCUGCCAGCCCAGACCCAUGCUCAUGAAGGACUACAUGCAGAUCAGAGUGGACCCUCCAGACAUCACCUGCGGGAAUCCGCCCGAAAGAUUCUGCACUUUGGAAAAUCCGUAUCUGUGCAGUGAUGAGUGUGACGCCUCCACCCCAGACCUGGCUCACCCACCGCAGCUCAUGCAGGACCGGGAGCGCAGCGGCCUCAUCACAUACUGGCAGACGGUCACGUGGAGCCGUUUUCCGGAGCCACUGCUGGCUAACAUCACACUCUCGUGGAACAAGAGCCUGGAGGUGACCGAUGACAUAGAGAUCACCUUUGAGUACGGCCGGCCCACCAUCAUGGUGCUGGAGAAGUCUCUGGACAAAGGCCGAAGCUGGCAGCCGUACCAGUACUACGCCGAUGACUGCAUGGAGGCCUUUGGCAUGCCGGCUAAGAGGGUGCAGGACCUCUCGGCAGCCAACGUAACCCGGGUAAUCUGCACCGAGCAGUACUCCCGCUGGGUGGGCUCCAAGAACGACAAGAUUGUGCGCUUUGAAGUUCGCUACCGCUUUGCCAUCUUCGCUGGGCCUAAGCUGCUAAACAUGGACAACCUGUACACACGGAUGGAGAGUAUGAAGGGCCUGCGAGAUUUCUUCACUUUCACUGACCUGAGGCUGCGCCUGCUGAGGCCCGCGCUCGGAGGAACCUAUGUCCAGAGAGACAACCUGCUGAAGUACUUUUACGCCAUCUCCAACAUAGAGGUGCAAGCCAGGUGUAAGUGUAACCUUCAUGCUGGACAGUGCACGUUUCGUGAAGGCAGUCUUCAGUGUGAUUGUGAACACAACACCACGGGGCAGGACUGCGCCCGCUGCGAGAGAGGGUUCAAGGCCAAAUCAUGGAAACCUGGCUCAUACCUGCCCACGCCCAACGGAUCCCCCAACACCUGUGAAGCGGCGGGUACUCUUGGCAACUGCGAGUGCUAUGGUCAUUCAAACCGCUGCAGCUAUAUUGACUUUAUCAACAUUGUGACUUGUGUGAGCUGCAAACACAACACUAGAGGGCAGAACUGCCAGCAUUGUCGCCUCGGAUACUUCCGGAACGCCUCUGCCGAGCUGGACGAUGAGAAUGUUUGCAUAGAGUGUAACUGUAAUCAGCUGGGCUCCUUGCAUGCACGCUGCAACGAGACAGGCUUUUGUCAAUGUCGGGAAGGCACCACGGGUCAGAAGUGUGAGGACUGCUUGCCUGGAUACAACUGGAAACAAGGCUGCAUCCCGAACGUGUGCGAUGACGAGAUGCUGCAGUGCCUGAACGGCGGCACAUGCUUUCAGAACCAGAAGUGCAUGUGCCCGCCCGAGUUUAAGGGCGUGUUGUGUGAGCAGCUGCGCUGCGAGGGGGAGAAAGGCUGCAACGGCGCCUCGGCCUGCUACCUCAGCCUCAUAACCACGGUGCUGUGCCUCCUCACCAGCAGCCUGCUCAGAGCCAGCGCCUAGAGCCAGCCUCUGCACUCACUCAGCAACACUCUGAACCACACGGACAGAGGAGGGGGGCGCGCAGACCCGUAACGCACUGAGUGGACCUCACCACGCUGAAACGUCCUGGGACGGCCGCAGUGUGUUUUUUUUUUUUUCAGUCCAGGGUCAUGAUCGCCUUCACAACAAUGAGAAUCGCUGCUUGCUCUUCUCCUUUUAUCACUGUUCACCUGGGCAGAACUAUAAACCAAAAAAAUUCCCAAAAUAAACAAAAAACAACUCACAGUUCACUCAAAAAAGAAGUGUAAAAAAUAGAAGAAAAUAAAGACAUUACCAUUUUUAAUUUCUUUGUUCCUCUUGUAGUUCUGAGUUGACACUCGUUGACAUUCAGGCACUGCACUUAUCCAGCUUGUUUUAUUUUUUGUCUAUACUGUGGCGGAUAUCACUGAGGCCUCCUCAUGCCAAGGUUCUUUACUCUCACUGACUCCUUACUGUUUUUACGUUGCUGCAUUCUACUCUACGUCAGUUUUCACUCAGUCUGCGUAAAUAGACAAAUCCGAUGAAAAAAGGUGUCAAGUGGGUGUACUGCUAAAUGAAUGAAUGUCUAAGUAGUUUGUGUUCAGAUUGUGUUUAUGUAUGGAUUCCAGAAAGAGGUGAGUAUAUAUUAUGCCUAAAUUGGAAGAAAAGAAAUCUAUGUCUAUCUGAAAGGUUACAAAGUAUAAAUUAUUGUAAAUGAACAUUAUUUGAAUAUUUUUUGUAGAAAUUGUUAUUUUUGUUCCAAGUAAAUGUUACCAUUAUACAGAAUGAUGAGCCUUUUAUUGCAGUGCACACUGUAAUAAUCACAUCUGGGAAAUUUUAUUUCAUGAUAAAACUGAUGCUUUGGAAUACUUAUACAGAUACAGCGUAUAAAGGACAAUAAAAGCCAAACGGUUCAACAAGGUACCCAGCUUUAGCUCUGUUUAAGCCCCAUACUUGCCAGCAUGCAUAGAUCAUGUAGACACUAUCCUUUUAAUAACCGUUUAAGGGCCUUACUCAAUCCAGCCAUCAUGAUUUGAUUAAGCAAUGUUGAGCCAACAGCACAUUAUCAAGAGACUUUAUAAUUCAAAUGAGUGAUUCAGAAGCUGAAAGUUGGGCUGACUGAACUGAUAAGACACUGGUUGGUUGAAUAAAGGCCCUCAUAUUGCCAUGUUGUUGCCAUGACAUUAGAAACAGGACAUGUGAUACAGCAUUCAUCCCAGUCAAUGUGAGUCUGUCAUUGUAGCAGAAACUGGACUACAAAAAGUACCACAGUGUGUAAGUGACAGUCAGGCAGUAGCGUACGAGCUGUUGUUCGAGUGAUGAUGGAUGAUGGAGUUUGCCGUGUUUCACACCUUUACAAGCUUUGCUUUUGGGCUUUCCUGAUCAUGAUGGAGAAAAAAAAACUAGCUGACUCAAAUUGUACUGUCAGCAUUCCAAAGAAUAAAAUCUGACAAUCA